CCAUCCAGACAGAGGGGGCAGAUAGAGCCGGGGAUUGUUUGUUACCGUUUUAAUCCUAUUAAUUAAAACGUUAACCUGAUUGGGUAGAAAGCUCUGUCCCAAUAGGCGACUCUUCUUCAUAAUAAUAACCUGCUUUGAGAUAAUGAUGUAAAAGACUCCUCCGUCUGUUGCUGCUACUGUUGCGAAAUCUCGUGAAGGUGAAUCGAAGCAGGAUAAACGACAGAGCAGGGCUCUACAGUGAGAGCUGCCUACACACAUACUUGACAAGUAGAGAUCAGGCAUCAAGAUCAAGCUAUAAAAUAGAAACGUACAAAAGCUUUCAGAUACAUUUACAAAACUGUGGAAGGCGAGCUGAUCCAAAGGGACUAUGGAGAGGAGUAUGAACAUUAACGGAGCAGAAGGGGACAUCUUCCACAAAACUCUAAGCGCCGUCUCAGGCAAAACAAUGGACUCUUUCAGAUCACCCGCCGGUAUCGAUCUGCAGUCCAGGGAUCGCCAAUCACCGAUCAACUGUUUCGAUCAGUCUGACUCCGACCCAAUCCAGCCGGCGGGAUUAGGCGGUGGCAGAGGAAGUGUACUCGGUCUUCCUACUGGAUCUUUGUGUGUCAAGUACGGGGAAAGUGGCAACAGGACUUCAGCAGCUGAAAGCAGCGGUGGGGAGCAAAGCCUAGACGAUGACAGCGACGAUCGGUGUGAUAUGGUACUAAUGAGUGAUCAGAUGACAUCGGUGUCAGGAAGCAAAGCUGAAGGUUCCGGCAAGAAACACAAAGAGCAGAAGGUACUAAGACUGAAUAUUAACGCCAGAGAGAGAAGAAGGAUGCACGACUUGAACGAUGCUUUGGAUGAACUAAGAUCAGUGAUCCCUUACGCUCACAGCCCCUCUGUGCGAAAACUCUCCAAAAUCGCUACUUUGUUACUCGCCAAAAACUACAUCCUCAUGCAGGCACAGGCUUUGGAAGAAAUGCGAAGGCUGGUGGCUUACCUCAACCAAGGCCAGGCUAUCUCUGCAGCCUCCCUGCCAGCCACGACUGCCCUUAACCCGGGCUUGGGUGCCUAUGAACAGCCGGCAGGGUACCCCUUCCCCGCCGGACUGGCAGCCGCGUCCUGCCCAGACAAAUGUGCCAUAUUCAACAACGUCACCUCCAGCCUCUGCAAACAGUGCACUGAUAAGCCUUAAAUGCAACAAAAUGAAAAUAAAAGAAGAGGAAAAAAAACCUUCUACAACACAGAAGCUUCAAGUUUGGACAGAAAACUUACUCUAUGGAUGAAUGAACAACGAAACUCAAAACAGACUUUAUUGAGAACACAACAGAGAGAUCAACUACAAUGAAAAGGGGACUUUAAGAACUAGGAUACCGAAAAAAAACUUUUACAUUAACUUAACAUUUUACAAGAAUGCACUUGAAAUGAGAGAACACACUGUACAUUUAAAAAAUACACGUUCUUUUUGUGUGGCUAUACUUGAUUUUGUAAAUAUAAAUUAUACUCAAAGUUUCUGCCUGGUUGCAAGUGUUAAAUUAUUUUAAACAAACGUAUCCUUGUGCACUUUGUAACUGACCAUUUGCAGUUAUUUGACCCCGAAAGGACUGUUUAUUGUCUUAUUGACCUGACAACAUUAGUGUGAAAACGGAAAAAAAACAACAACAUUAUUUUAUUCAAUUGUAGGCAUUGUAAAUCUCUUUGGUGUCCAGUUAUUAUGGGAUUAUACUGCUUUCAACGCAUCACUAAACUGUCGUUUGUGCUGUUUGCUCUGGAGUAAAGUUUUAAAGCAUAAUUAAUACAUGUUUGGAUGGUUAUGGUUAGUUUGGGGUUAAAUGUUUUGAAAACUGUUUUAAAUACAUGUUUUGCAAGUUUCCAAACGAAGAGUUUCAGUUGACAUCACCAUGUAUACGACUGUAACAUAAAAUACAACGUCUAGUUUUAUUUUUUACGUUUCUGUACAACGUUUUAAGUCGAUUUGUCGGUAAAUAUAUUUUUUCAAACAGAUGCUAUAUUCCCAAAGCUAUGUUUUUAUGUAGAGGUUCGUCUUAUUUCUUUGUAUGCAUGAAUUUCUAUCGGCAACGAGACUUUAGUACUGGAUUAACAUCUUCUUGUAUGAUUUGCAGUUUUAAACUCUUUCAGUCGGCUGGCAGUAGAACCUUUGAUGGAACAAAUUGGUUGUCAGGUCAGGGGUACGUGGCAUAACAUAUAGUAGGUCAGAUUACAACUGCAAAAGCGCCAUUUGUAUGUGUUUAUGUGCUGGAAAGCUUUAUUAAAAUAUUUUGAACAAAA